AAAGAGAAAGACAGACAGAGUGAAAGAGAAAGAGGGAGAGAGACAGAGACAGAAAGACAGAGAAAGAAAGAUAGAGAUAGAGACCGAGAGAACCGGUGGUAGCCACGAGGAGGAGCACGGUCGGUCGAACCGACCCAAUAGUCAGUUUUUGCCUCUCGUACGCAGUGGGCGACGCUGCUCGUGACGGGACGCACGAGCGUGUCAUGUCACACGCGUGACAAGAGUGUAACGCCGCAACUAUACGGCGGGACAGAAAGACUGACGAAGAGAUAUUGAAAGAGGGAGGGAGGAAGGAAGGAAGGAAGGAAGGAAGGAAGGAAGAGAGUAGAACGAAAGAAAAAGAAAGGGAGGGAGAAGGUAACGUGUGCGUGCGGUCGUUGUGCCGUGGCGGGUUUUAUUUCCCGUGUGCGAUUUUAGGAUCGAAUUAAUCGAACCAUCAGAACACGCACGCACAAUUAUGUUACCGGCUUCACAAGGCGACAGCAGUAAUAGUAUCGUCAUCGCCGCCGCCGCCGCCGCCACCACCACCACCACCACCACCAUCCACCAUCAUCAUCAUCAUCAUCACCACCACCACCAAUACCACCACCAUCGUAAACUUUGUAACCGUCAACGACGACGAUGAAAACGAGAAGCUCUCCACUUUAAGAUCACGCGCCGGAUUUUUCGCAAACGAUUAAGAAAUCAGACCACGACACCCUGCUAAAUAUCGCCGGCUCACUUCCGAAUAAUUCGCUUUUCCGCGGCAUCGCCGUGAUUUUUGAAUAGGUAGGUAGACGAUAAUAAUAAAGAAAAGAAAGUGACAGAGAGCGAGAGUAAGUGAGUGAAUGAGUGUAUGAGAGAGAGAGAGAGAGAGAGAGAGAGAGAGAGAGAGAGAGAGAGAGAGAGAGAGAGAGAGAGAGAGAGAGAGACAGAGAGAGAGAGAGAGAGAGGAAGAGAAAGAGAUAAAAGUAGGAUUAUUUGUUUUUAUAGAAGGAUUCGCAAGCAAGCACGUGUGUUCGAUUCGAGAAAACUAGAACAAAAAAAGGGGGGGAGGGAAUUAAAGCUGUUUUUAAAAGAAAAGAAGAGAGAGAAAUUGCAUUGAGAAUGCGUGUGUGACGUGGGAUUAGAAAUCGUGAACAUUAUCCGCGAUUAAUUCGUAGGCUGUUGAUGAGAUAGAAGAGUCCCUUAGGACAUGGGAGAUUCUUGUUGUAGUCGAGAAUAUCGUCACGUUGCAGGUCUUAGGAAUGAGGGAGCGAGCUUUGGCGAGGGUUUCGCGGUGGUGGUUGAUCUUACUCUUCGUGGUGGUGUGCGUCGAGGGUACGCAAACUCCUUCGUCGUCUUCGAUCUCGGGAAAGAGAUCUUCGACGGGGAUAGAAUGUGCCGCGGGUUGCGAAUGUACGGAGAACGAGGAAAGUCUCUUCUGCGAGUCACGCAGCUUUCUUGGUCUUGGGAUACCGCAAGAAGCGGACACCGUUAUCCUGAAGAAUGUUCAAGCUGCCGCGAUUCCAGUCGCGGCAUUGGAAACCUCUGCUGCUCUGAGAAGUCUCAUUUGGACGUCAAGUGGAAUAGAAAGGAUAGAGCCUGGUGUAUUUCGAGCGACGGAAUCUCUCGAGAGCCUCAACUUAGGUGAUAACAGGCUGGCAGAACUGCCAUCGGACGUCUUCCACCCGUUGCGCCGACUACAGUACCUGAAUCUCACCGGUAAUCGAUUGAUCACCUUGCCGCAGGUCCUCUUUCAGGGCCUCGAUAAUCUCCACGAGAUACGUCUGGCGACAAAUCAUUUGUCCGUACUGCCCUUCCAAGCAUUCGGUCCAGUAAAAGGAUUACUCCGUCUGGAUUUAAGCGAAAAUUUGUUAGUAUCUCUGCCGGAUCAUAGCUUUAGACCCAACAAGCAAUUGGAAGAACUCCGAUUAUCAGCCAACAGACUCACGAAAUUACCCUCGAGACUCUUCUCCGGUCUUGCUCUGUUAAAAGUGCUCGAAUUAGCCGACAACGAGAUCGAUGUACUGCCACGUGGUCUUUUCGCCGAGCUCACAUCCUUGGAAUAUUUGGAUCUAGCUGGCAAUCCCGUCAUUCGUCUGACAAAUGCAGUCUUUCAAGGUCUCUCCAAUCUACGAUGGCUCAAUCUCGAGAGGUUACCAAUCUCCAAGCUACCUGAAGAUCUCUGGCGACCGACUAGCAAAUUGAGAACUCUUUUACUGUCCGGCACUCAAUUAGAGAUACUUCGGGAUCAGAAUUUCGCAGGAUUGUUGGAAUUGGAGACUCUCGAAUUGACAAAUAGUCCAUUGCGUGAGAUCUCUCGACACGUGUUAGACGAUACGCCGUCCCUUCGAAGAAUAAAUUUACGGGACAACGAUUUAGCUUUCCUUCCAGCCAACGUUGCUCAAUUACCAUAUCUUGGAGAAUUGCAGCUUCAAGGAAAUCCAUGGGCCUGCGAUUGUCGUAUGUUCUGGUUUGUAAAAUGGGCGGAAAGCAGAACUCAUUUACGUGCAGCUUUCAAAAGUGGCCUCAGGUGCGGACAUGAGAUCGAUGGUACCAUCAAUACCUUGCAAACUCUUCGUUAUCUAAAUUGUACAUCACCGACCCUGGCACGGGUCUCUUUCGCCAAUCAGUAUCUAUUGCUUAGUUCAGUUUUACUGGAGUGCGAGUUUAAUGGCAAUCCGGCGCCGUCCUUGGCUUGGGUCACUCCAAAGCUCAAGGUUCUUCACUGGAACCCCGAUCCGGCAUUCCCUGAUGCAUUUGUAGAGCAUCCUCACAUACACGGAUGGAAACUGGACGAACCGGUCGACGAUGAUGGGAGGAUACGCAUUCUGGAGAAUGGCUCUUUGUACAUUAGCAAACUACUCAGGCAAGACGUUGGGAUUUACAGAUGCUUCGCCAUUAAUCCUAUAGCGAAUGCAACAACCUAUAUUAUGUUGGCAAUGGAUCCUAUAACACUUCAUAACAUCCAAAUCUUCAGUAUAGUAGUGGGUGGAGUCAGCGCAACGGCCUUCCUCCUGUUGACCCUAUUUUUGCAGUUGAUUCGAUACUUUUUCCUGAGGCGCGUGGGUGCGACACCAAGAGCAAAACAAAUUUAUCAGAUGUUGGAUAAUAUAGAACAGUAUAAGAGUCAACAAUUGGAGAGAUUGCGUGAAAAUUAUACUCAACAAGUGCAUAGAAUCAAGGACAACUGUGUUCAGCAAGUGGAAUGGAUUCGGGAUAGUUACGAGGGUCAGAUGAGACACAUACGCGACAUCAGGGACUAUGGUACCAGUCAUCUCACCGCACUAAGAGACCAGUAUUACGAUCAGGUGAAGAGAGUACGAGAUUACUCAACAAGUCAGCUUAAUUGGGUGCGAGAAAAUUACGUCUUCCAACGGAAUAAGAUUCGCAAGUUCAGUGCUCAUCAGGUAUUACGGCUAAGGGAAAGCUACAAAUAUCAACAGCAAACGUUAAACAAGGUAUUGGAGAAUCUACCGAAUCUUUAUUUCGACAAUUGUCGAAGUGGUUCCUGUGGAAAGAGCGAUUCCGUUGUUUUUGAGAACAGUAAAGAGGAUGGUUAUGGAGGACCAGAUACGUACUUCAAAGCAAAGAUCAACGAUAUGACGGCGGGUACUAGUUUAGAAGAUAUGAACAGCGAAUAUUAUACACCCACGGAAUUAUCCUCUGUCAGUCCACAUGGUAUGAAUACAUUGGAAGGUAUUCAUAUAAAUUAUAUCGAAAACAGCGGGCCAAGGGCACCGCUGCAAAUUAUACUUCCCCCGCCUUCCCCGGUCAUACUGCAUUGCAUCGAAGAAUACGGAAGUUCUACGUCCGUUUGCAAUGAGUUCGAUCAGAGUAAACCGGUUUACAAAGGUUCCAGCGCGGAGAUAUUGGCCGGAGAAUCGCGAAACGUAUCAGAGAUCCUCGGACUACUCGCUCCAUGCACCAGUUUACCAGAACUUCCACGCGAGACUAAACUCUAGCCUAUCAGAAUCGAGCGGUGCACAAGCAGCAAAACCACUACAAGAAGCAACGCGACUCUUUCAUUCUUCAACGAUGGAAUUGACGCGAGGGUGUAUUUUGCUUGGUGAACAUUAGAUAUAUUAAAUAAUAAUAAUAAUAAUAAUAAUAAUAAUAAUAAUAAUAAUAAUAAUAAUAAUAAUAAUAAUAGUGAGAAAAAAAGAUUAAAUGGAAGCUGUGCUUUCGUAAUGGCCAUUGUUCAAAGUUGUUCCGCGGGGCUAAAUCGCGUUAACUUCUCAUCAAGAAUUCGAAUGGCGGAUGUUGCUGUCCAUCUUUGAGAGAGAAAAAGAGAGACAUCCGACAACAUUCGAGGUGAACGAACUUCAGUGCCAAGGAACCGAACAAUUUUUCUGUUCUUUUUUUCUCUUUUUUUUUUUUUUCCUUUUUCUUCCGUGCGUUCGAUGAAUGUCGAAUUCGUGUAAUAUGUGCGCGAUACUUUAUGGGGACGUUUAAGGGAAAAACGAAAGAAAAAAAGAGAAAAAAAAAUGCGGACAGCUUCCAAAGAACAAAAUAACGUAUCUUGGAAAUUGUCCGCUCACGAUGUACUUUUUCUUUUGAUCGUUAUAUAUCGUUGUCGGAAAAAAAAAGGAAAAAAAAAAACAAAAAAAAAAAAAAAAAAAAAAAAAAAAACAAAAAACAAAAAAAAAACAAAAAAAAAACAAAAACAAAAAAGAACAAUAAAAAAAAAGCAAAGUACAUUCGAGAGAGAAAGAAAAUUUUAUUUUAAUGAGAAUUUGAUCAAAUUUCUGAAUGAAAGUGCGCGUAAAAUAUGAUAGAUCAAGAGGGAGGGAACCCGGUCAAGUCGAUCCAUUAGAGUUCCUCAAAAAAGAAAGAAAGAAAAAAGAAAAAAGAAAAAAAAAAAAAAGAAAAAGAAGUACGAGAAAAUUCAAAAGAUCGUCCUCUUGAUUCUAUCCAUCCACUUUUAAAGGCGCGCCAUUUUAUCGAGUAUUUACGUAUGUUAACACAACGCGUUCUGCGAAAGACUGAAUCGCGACCAACCAACAUACCGUAUGGUCAUAGUCGUCGAUUGGCGAGUUCGAUUCGCCGUUUGAUAGUUCCGCUGUAAUUGCUUUUUCCCCCUAAUCUCCAAAUUUUUUUUUUUUCUAGAUCUAAAUCAACGGGAAAACAAGCGUUCAGAAAUCUUUAUUCUUCUUCUUCUUUUUGUUUCUCUCUUUCUAUCCUCUCUUUUAAACACACCACACACACACACACACGUGGACAGAUUCUCUCUCUCUCUCUCUCUCUCUCUCUCUCUCUUCCUCGCAUUUUUCAAUACUCUGGACGCCUGUUUGAUCAUUGUAUUUUUGAUUCUUUUAAAUUGCUAUCACAAAGUGUCUCCAAGGGAUGGAACAAAAAAAAAAAAAAAGAAAAAAAAAAGAAAAAAAAAAAAAAAGAAAAGAACACACACAGACACACACAAAGUUAUUAAAGUUUUUCCAGAAAAAGGAAAAUCAUAAAAUGUGUUAAAUCAUGCAUGUACUUAAUUCAUGAUCACGUCGCAUCACCACAUUUAAUUAGCACGUCGACCAUCGUUGUGUACAUAAUUGAAUGGAUUGAAUGGACAAAUCGUAAUUAAAAAGAAUAAAAAAAAUAUUCGGCCUUGAAGUAUCGAAUUUGUGAACAUGUCAAUUAGGAAUAGUUCAUCUCUUCUUUUUUACUUUUUUUUUUGUUUUGUUUAUUUUCUUUUAUUUCGUUCGCGUACGUAUUUUUUCCAACAACAAAUUUCUUCCAGUCUCUUCGGAUUUUACAAUGAAAACGUUUUAGUGAAAUUUCCAUUUGAUUAUAUCCUUUUUUUUUUAUUUUUAUUUCUUUUUUUUUUUGUCAUAAUUUUCAUUCACCGAUCACCUAUCCCUUUUCCUAUAACGCGAUCGUAUAUUAGACAUGAUAGAUAGAUACGAUUAACGUUAGCUUUUCUAGUCUUCCUGUAUUUAAUUUAAACGAGUGAUUUGAAAGAAAAAGAACACGAUGAGGAUCGUUAGCGAUCGAGAUUUUAUUGCUAGGAUGAGAAAUAAGAAAAAUGAUGGGAGAAGGAAAAGAAAGAAAAAAAAAAAAUAUAUAUAUAUAUAUAUAUAUAUAUAUAUAUAUAUGAAAUAAUAAUAAUGAUAAUAAAAAAAAUUAUAAAAUAAUAAUAAUAAUAAAAGAGAUAUAUUAAAAGACUCUGUGAUUUAAAGACAAAACAAAGCCGUUCUAUGAGCAACGAACGGAUUCUAAACAGCUGUGAUUAGUCGAUAGAGUCGUGCCUUUUGCACGGAUAAAUGAUACACGUAUAUACCGAUGAUAUCGCUUGUAUGAGGUUAUCGAACGAAUAUCUUCUAUCUUUGCUUCGUCUUUUGUGAAGGAUCGACUUGAGAUCAAAGAAGGAGAAAGAGAAGGAAAAGAGGAGGAGGAGGAGGAGGAGGAGGAGAAGAAUCGAGAUUAUUGUUUCGUUUCGUUUUUAUCAGAGAAAAUAACUUGACAAGAUUGUAGAACGAGGUGAAGUAAUGUUGAAUUCAUGAAUAGAGCACUGCUCUAUCGAAAGUGCAUAAUAAUAUACAUGCUAUAUAUACGUAGUAGAACAGGGCGAGGACGACGAAGAGGUUUUUCGGUGACUCAUUCAGUAACAUUACGCGUAUUUCUUUGAGAGAGGGGGGGAGGGGGAUGGAGACCGAUUUUUCUAAUGCACGAGAUCAGGCACAAUCUCAUGCCAGGCUUAUCUAUCUUUAUCUUUAUUUCUAUUUCUAUCUCUAUCUAUCUAUCUUUUCUCUCUCUCUCCCCCUUCGUUUCAAUAACCUACAGAAAAAGAAUGCAAUAACUUUAACUCCUUCAAGGUCGAAUCAUUUUGGAACGUUCCAUGCACUUUUCCGCUUUACAGUCAUUAAAAUCAUACGCCGAAUCAUUGCAUAUAUAUAUAUAUAUAUAUAUAUAUAUAUACAUACUUUUUUUAUCUUAUUUGUUUUUCGUUCCUUUUUUCUUUUUGUUCUUUUCUAUGACUUUCUAUUGUUAUUAUCUUCCUUUGUGAACCAGUUAGAAAUAUCACAAAUGUCUUUCUUGAAGGAUUUAACGAUCUAAUAAAGUGUAAUUUUUAAAUAGGGGAUAUUAAAAAAAAAAAAAAAAAAAAAAAAAGGAAAAAAAAAAAAAAAAAAAAAUAGAAUUUUUUUUUUUA